AUGACCGAAACUGAUAAUCUGUCAUGCCUAUUGUAUGGCCCUGGAAAGGCUCGAUUUGAGAAUCGCGAGGUCCCAACCCUCAAGGAUCCGCAUGAUGUUCUAGUCCGCAUCGCGUAUGUGGGUGUUUGUGGAAGCGAUGCUCAUUUUUGGGCUCACGGUGGUCUGAUCCGGAUGGUCUCCGAGGAAGAACCGCUGGUCAUGGGCCACGAGGCAUCGGGGGUGGUACACUCUGUCGGGACAGCAGUGACGAAAGUUGUCCCUGGAGACCGCGUCGCAAUUGAGCCCGGUUUCUCCUGUCGGCGAUGUAAACAAUGUAAGAUAGGGAAGUAUAAUCUUUGUCCGAAAAUGCAGUUUGCCGCCGCCCCGCCAGGUAACCACGGCACUUUGACACGUCUCUUCCGCACGCCCGAGGAUUUUGUGUAUCGGAUUCCCGAGGCGGUAUCUCUCGAGGAGGGUGUGCUCAUUGAGCCAUUGAGCGUGGCAGUUCACGGGGCUCGUCUAGCUGAUCUCACUCCAGGGCAGACGGUCCUGGUUCAGGGUUCAGGAACAAUUGGUCUGUUGGCCGCAGCGACGGCCAAAGCCUUUGGGGCAAAGGAGGUCUUCAUAUCCGACAUCAACCCGAUGAAGCUGGAAUUUGCCAGAGACUUCGUGGGAUGUCGGACAUUCCUGCCCGACAUCAAGUCGCAGCCAGAGAAAGAAGCAGAGCGAAUGAAGAACGAACUCGAUUUGGGAGAAGGGGUGGAUGUGGUUCUCGAGUGUACAGGAGUGGAGUCCUCGGUCCAGGCGGGGAUUUAUGCCUCGGGGCCUGGAGGAGUGGUGGUUCAAAUCGGGCUUGGAAAACCGGAUCUCAAAGUACCCAUCUUGAAUAUGUGUGAGAAGGAAACUGUCCUGAAGACGGGGUGGCGGUAUGGACCGGGGGAUUAUGAAGUGGCCCUCGGGUUGCUCAGCUCUGGCCGCAUGGAGGUCAAAUCAUUGAUUAGUAGAAUCGUUCCUUUUGAACAGGCACCUGAGGCAUGGGAGAUGACCAGGAAAGGAGAAGGGAUCAAAAAUUUGAUCCGAGUGCAAUAG